AUGCCCGACUUCCCUUCCCACUCCUCUUCAUACCUCGCCCCGCAGCCAAUACAUCCAAAGCGACAAUUCACAGAAUUCGCCCUACCAACCGACUCUCCCACGUCCGCCCCGACCUCUGGCCCCAGAGAUGCACCUCGCAGCAUCAAAGACGAUGAAAUAAGUAGAAGUAGUAGCCAUAAUGCCGCAGACGAAAGCGACGCCUCCACCGCACCUCUACCCGCCUCCAUCAUCUCUCCCGCCCAGACUCCCCCCUUGACCCCCGGCAGCUUGCUUCCUUCUCUCCUAUCUCCGCAACCCGGAACGAAAGACCGUCCCCCAUUCACAAAACCUCCGAAGCUUCUGCCCAGACUACCUAAUGUCGAAUGCAUCGUUCGUGCUCGCAUACCCACCACCAGUGGCUCGGAGAUGUUUUUGCACCUCUAUCAGAACGACGUCGAUAAUAAAGAGCAUCUAGCAAUCGUGUUUGGUAAUACGAUUCGGAGUAGGAGCCUUGAUCGGGUUAGGGAAGGAGAAACGGAGAUGGACAGGAUGAUUCGCGGGGCAUAUGUGGGGAGAUUACGGCCAGGAAGAAUUAGCAGUCGGUACGAUGACGACGAUUCGGCCGAAAAGCCUUCGUCUGCAUCCCCAAAGAUAAAGGAUCCAGGAGAGGAAAAUGAAUCGUUACCGGAAGAGAGUGCAAGCGGGGAAGUCAAGGCCCCGUUGGUCAGGAUACAUUCUGAGUGUUACACCGGCGAAACGGCCUGGUCGGCUCGCUGCGAUUGCGGCGAACAGCUGGACGAAGCGGCAAGAUUGAUGUCGACUGACCCCACGGGAGGCGUGAUUAUAUAUUUGCGACAAGAAGGUCGCGGGAUCGGGCUGGGAGAGAAGCUCAAAGCUUACAACUUGCAAGAUCUUGGUUCGGAUACCGUGGAGGCUAAUUUACUUCUUCGACAUCCGGCGGAUGCGCGUAGCUAUGGUCUGGCGACUGCAAUGCUUGUCGACCUUGGAUUAGGCAUUGAUUCUGAGAACGUUGGUAUUCGAUUGCUUACCAACAACCCCGACAAGAUUCGGGCAGUCGAGGGCCCGAAUCGCGAGGUUAUUGUGAAAGAAAGAGUGCCAAUGGUGCCAUUAGCCUGGAGCACUAAUGGAGAGAAAGGGAUUCGGAGUACGGAAGUAGAGGGAUACUUGAGGACGAAGAUUGGGAAGAUGGGCCAUUUACUGAGCUAA